GUUUCCAAGAAGUACAGUGAGAUAGAGGAGCUCUACCAGAGACUGGUGGCACGAUAUCCAAAGGCUUCUCUUCCGCUCUUGCCUAGAAAAGUUCUCUUCGUGGGGGAAUCUGACAUCUGUGAACGAAGAGCUGUGUUCAAUGAUAUCAUGAAAUUCAUCUCAAAAGAUGAGGAUCUAGCAACGAGUCCUGAGUUACUGGAAUUUUUAGGAACAAAAUCUACUAGUGCCAUUGACUUCAAGGGUAAAAACAUUCCUGAUGACAAGGAGAAGGAAGAUGAAGAAAAUGAGGCAUUGGAUUUUUUCAAAGAAGAGAAGACACCUGACUUAAUCCCACAUCUUUCAUCAGUGGAAAAUGCCAAAAAAGGGGAAAAAAAAGAGGAGGAAGAAGAGGAAGAAGAUUUAGAUCCUCUUGGUAUAAUCAG